CCUGACGUCAGGAGGAAGGCGUGUGUGAGUGAGGGGCCUGAGGUGCCGCAUGCUCGCUCUCUCUCGCUCUCUCUCUCUCUCUCUCUCUCUCUCUCUCACACACACACACACACACACACAUACGGAGUCAUACACACAGCACAUCUCUCAGACCCAUCCCCUGCUCAUCAGCUCCAAGCACCAAAGAGGCAGAGGGCUGACGCGGCUGCAGGAGGCAGUGCCAGGACUUCUGCUGCCAGGGAGAGACGGAGCCUGUGGCUGGUGAGGCUGCUGAGCAGGGCCAGGCCGGGCCCUGCCCGCAAGGACGCCCAAGCCCUUCGCCGGCCCCUGCGCCCGGGAGCCCACCAGGCUCUCCGGCCGGCCCCACCAUGACUUCGGAGCCCACGCCGCCCCCGGUUGUGCCCCCACUCCACUCUCCCAAGUCCCCUGUCUGGCCCACCUUCCCCUUCCACCGGGAGGGCAGCAGGGUCUGGGAGCGAGGCGGUGUCUCAUCUCGCGACCUGCCCAGUCCCCUGCCCACCAAACGGACCAGGACAUACUCAGCGACAGCCCGAGCCUCGGCUGGCCCCGUGUUCAAGGGCGUCUGUAAGCAGUUCUCACGCUCACAGGGCCAUGGCUUCAUCACGCCCGAGAACGGGUCGGAGGACAUCUUCGUGCACGUUUCUGACAUCGAGGGGGAGUACGUGCCAGUGGAAGGCGAUGAGGUGACCUAUAAGAUGUGCCCCAUCCCGCCCAAGAACCAGAAGUUCCAAGCCGUGGAGGUGGUGCUCACCCAGCUGGCCCCACACACUCCCCACGAGACGUGGUCCGGCCAGGUCGUGGGCUCCUAGGCCGGGUGGCUCACGGGGCGGCCGGUGCGGGUAGGGGUGGGGGGAGCCACACAGGGUAGCCGGGCAGCGGCCAGCGCCAUGCCCCACUGCCCUGGCUGACCAGUCCCCGGGCGGCCUCGGUGUCUGUCUGUCCAUCUGUGCUUGUGGACGUGUGUGCCUCCCCCCGCACCCUGUGACCGUCGUGUGAGCUGGACCGAGGGGGAGGCCACCAGACCUGCCUUCUCUGCUUAUCCACUGUCUCCCCUCCCCUGUCCCCCAACGCCUGUCCACGUGUCCACGGAGCCUGAGGGGCUGCGCCAGGCCAGGGGCUGGGAUUGCCCAGACAAGCCGCUCCCGCUGCCCCUGCCCCAGGCCUGGCUCGGGGGCCAGACUCUGCUUGUGCUACUCACACCUCCACCCCGGGCUGGGGUCUCC